AUGUCGAACAGGGCGAUUCUAACCUGGCGCGGCGCCGAGGUGCACGAGGAGGAUAUGAAGAUUCUCAAGAAUCCUAGCGGGUGGCUCACAGACCGCUUGAUCACCUUUUACUUUGAGCACUUGCAAAAGAUACAUCCCCAGCACAUUUUCGUGGGGGCAGAGUCCGCCUUCUGGAUGCGGCACGAGACAGACGAAGAGGACGUCACAGCUGCGGUCGAAGCACUGGGGUUGCUUUCCGAAGGUGUCCGGCCACCAGCUGAUGCUGGGGACGCAACACAGGAGAGGCAGGCUGUUGGGAGAAAAGUAUUUUUCCCGGUCAACAAUCACGAGGAUUGGGAACGCAUUGGAGGCACGCACUGGAGCUUAUUGGUCUACGAUUUGGGACGGCCUGCGCAAAGUGGAACCACGUCAGAGGAACACCCGGCACUCGCAUCGUGGACGCACUAUGACUCCGGCAAUAAUUUGAACGCUUCGGCGGCACAGAAAUUUGUCGGAAAGAUGGAUCGCAUCUUGGGACAGUCGCUGUCAUCGUCCAGUCUCGCUGCAAUUGAGGACAAUGUCCCCCAGCAACAAAACGGUCACGAUUGUGGCCUUUAUGUUCUGAGCUUUGCUGAGGCUCUUGCAGGUGUGCGCGAUGUUGUGGCGGCAACGAGCGAACAGCUUGGUGACAAGAGGAACGGGGCGGUUCUACCACCUAGCACCGCUGCAUCCAAGCUCCAAGCGCAGAUCACCUCGGAUGCAGUGGCGCGAAAACGCCUUGAAAUUUUAAAUCUAAUCGAGGAAUACGCCUCGGCAAACAAUAAAGGAUUUCC